GUCAGGAAAGUCGACUCCCCGCCUCCUCCUGCUCCUCUUCGUCGUUCUUGCUCAGGUCAGGGGAAAACACAAGAAGACACUGCCCCGCCUCACACAAGCCGGCAGAUUCGCCCCAAAACAGUGAGUGAAUGUUUUGCAGCCACCAUGCAGACGGCAGAGGCCCUGUCAGCCACCCUGAGCACCAACAGGAACUGCUCGUUCGAAAUCACCAACGUGAGCUCCAUCUACUGCCUCACCAACCCCAAGGUGUACAUGUCGAGCGGCUUCUGCCACCACCCGCCGCAGCCCACCAUCCGCAGCAUGCACACCGAGCUGUGCUCCUUCACCAAAGACGACCACACGGCCACCGGCGCCGUGGGCCUGCUGACCUACGACCUCUUCCACAUGCAGAACCGCGUGUGCUCGCACCGCAUGGCCGUCAUGUUCUCGGUGCCCUACGACCACAACUUGUACAAGAACCGGCUAGCGGUGGGCAUAUUCCAGGCGACGCGCGCCUGCGACAAGGCGCUGUACGAGCAAAUGUACGACGGCAAGGAUGUGAGCGGCUUCAAUCGGGCCGACGCCAGCGGCUCCGGGCUGGUGUACGGCAACAGCCAGGUGGAUGUGAGGGCCACCAUGUCCACUGUGGGCAAGGCCAUCGUGAAAGUGGAGUUUUAUGAUCAGUUGACUCGCUAGUUAGCUUUUCACUUGCUUCAGACGUCAAAAUGGGGUUGGCCUUCGAUUGGUUGGGAUUUGAAAACGCAGUAAAACACGGACUACCAUUUUAGAUCAAUUACAAUUACUGAGUUGUCGGACCACCAAAUUAUUUGACUUGCCAGGGAAUGAAAAGUGUCCAAAAAGUGCAAAAAAUGAAAGCGUGCAUGGCCGGCGUGCCGGCUCGCUACUUCGUAUUGUGCCUUCAAUGUUAUUUGAUUGAUAUAAUAAAGCACUCACGUCUAA